AUGACAACAGUUAAGAUGAUCAUCCUAAACUUUAAAAGAGCUGGUUUCGUAGACGCCCUUUUCUACGCGCACCGACACUUUUGGCAUGGAAACUAUAAUUCCGAGGAACGGCUUAUCUUUUCCAUAUCUGUGAAAUACUGUACACGGUAUGUGAUCUUCAUAUUCGGUUCUCUUCAAUUUGUUUUAUCCGGAUACGUGAUCACACCUCUUAUUGAAAACCUUGGACGAAAUAAAUCGGACAGGGUACUUCCAUUCAAGAUGUGGGUCGACUGGCCCUUAUCUGAAACACCCUAUUACGAACUAAUGUUUAUCUUUCAGUUUCGUAUAUUACAACACAGAAUGUUAAAUUUCUGGAACGUCGAAAGCAAAGAGAUGAACGCAGUCAUGUAUACCGAUCAUUGUUAUGCAGCUCUCAAGAAGUGUAUACAACAUCAUCAGUUGCUUAUUGAGUUCUGCGUGAAGCUAGAACAAGUAUACACCAUGUCGAUCUUUACGCACAUGGUAGUUUUAAGUCUGUUGCUGUGUUUCGAUUCCUACGAAAUAGUCGUGGUUCCUAGUGGUUCAAAGAAAUAUGUAGUUAAUACAUUGACUGUGACAGUGAGAACUACCAUUUGUGGUAAGAUACACUGUAACUUAAGUUGUUAUGAACAUGCAAUUGGGUGUAACGAAGUGUAUGUGUAA